AUGGAGUACCCUUUGGAAGAAAGUAUGCCGCCCGCAGGGAAGGCGCAGGAGGCCCUGCAGCAGCGGUACCGCCUGGGUUCCCUGCUGGGGCGCGGCGGAUUCGGCAGCGUCUGGUCGGGGACGCGGCUCUCGGAUGGCGGCCCGGUGGCCAUCAAAAGGGUGCCACGGAAUCGCAUCCGGCACUGGAGCGAGCUGCCCGACGGCACCAGCGCUCCCCUGGAGGUUGUGCUGCAGGACAAGGUGUCCACUGGCUUCCCCGGUGUCAUCCAGCUGCUGGAGUGGCUUGAGCUCCCCAGCGACAUUGUCAUGGUGCUGGAGCGGCCAGAGAAGUCUCAGGACCUCCUGCAUUUCAUUCAAGCACGGGGGUUCCUGCGCGAGGAGGUGGCGCGGCAGCUGUUCCGCCAGGUGCUGGAGGCCGUGCGGCACUGCACCAGCUGCGGGGUCCUCCACAGGGAUAUCAAACCAGAGAACAUCCUGGUUGACCUGGCCACCGGGCAGGCAAAGCUGAUCGACUUUGGCUGUGGCACCUACCUGCAAGACACAGCCUACACUCACUUUGCAGGAACACCAUCAUACAGCCCCCCGGAAUGGACCCGCUUUGGCUGGUACCAUGGCGAGCCAGCUACCAUCUGGUCCCUGGGCAUCCUGCUGCACGAGAUGGUCUGUGGGAAGAUGCCUUUCAGGAGGGGCUGGAACUUCAGCUGGGGCCAGCUCUCGCUGCCACAACGGCUCUCUCCAGAGUGCCAAAAUCUGAUCGGGUGGUGUUUAUCCAUGCACUCCUUGGCCAGACCCUCAUUAGAAGAGGUGUUCUGUCAUCCUUGGAUGCAGGAUAUUCCUCUGCCAUAGAAGAAGGGAGAGAGCCACAGGCACACUUUGAUCCAGGGCCCUGGGAAGGAGAAAGAGCUCCCAGAGAAGCUGUACCAGGAGUGGGGCUGCUGCUGCAGGAGACAGCGAGGAUGACAUCAAGGAUGACAACCUCUCCCUGGACCUGGCCACCAGCAGUUGAAGAGGAAGCAUUCUAGGUGGUCCAGUCUGGAUUGGGAAAUGUUGGGACCAGCUGUGGCGUGGAUGGGCCGUGCCCUUGGAGCAGGCUGAGAACAUCGUUUGGGACCAGCUUUUCUUCCAGCCGUGGAUGGCGUGAGCCAGGCUCUGCAGAUGCUGAGGCUGCUCUGGGCUCUGCCAGGGCUCUGCUGGAGCUCAGCACGGGGCCAGAAUCAACCAAAGAAGAAAUGGUGUCACCUGCAGCACAGACUUGCUUGAGCAUUUUGGCAACACAGCUCAAGUUUGCAGAGUGUACGCCUCCAAGGGAAAACAUGACACCUCCCAAAAAUUAAACUUGUUCAAUACCUUCUGAAAUCAAAUCAAUCUGGGAUGACUCCAAAUGACAUUUUUCAGCUUUCUCAAGAUGUAGCUCAGCCCUUCUCUGAACAGUUCUCUCCCCCACCUGCCUUUUACUUCUCAACUGCUCCCUUUUUUCCCCCAGUGAAUUCCCAGCCCAUUGCAGUCUCCUUUACUUGCUGGCCUUCCGUGUUGCCCCUGACCACAAGGAAGGCCGAGCCCCAGGUUUAGGGACUCAUGCUGUCACUGGCUGAGGAGCAGCAAUGUCUCAGAGGUCCAGUGGGAUUUUAGUGUCAUUCAGAGCCACUCUCCAGCCCUCAGCUCUCCUCACUGCUGAGUUCCCACUCCCUUUCCUUCAUCCUUGCAGCAGGAUGAGCUCUGUGAAUCCCCUUGAGCCUCCCCACUCUUCCCAGCCCA